AUGGCUCCCUGGGCCGGGGCGGCGCUCUGGAUGCUGAACCCCCUGCGCGUGGUGUGGCUGGCGCUGGCCGCCGCCUUCCUGCUGGCCCUGCUGCUGCAGCUCGCGCCGCCCCGCCUGCUGCCCGGCUGCGCGCUCUUCCAGGACCUGCUCCGCUACGGGAAGACCCGGGGGGCCGCGCCGCCGCGCCCGGCCCUCUGCCGCCGCUUCGAGGUCCCCAAGAGGUACUUCUCUCACUUCUACGUCAUCUCGGUGCUGUGGAACGGCUUCCUGCUUUGGUGCCUCACUCAGUGCCUAUUCCUGGGAGCGCCCUUCCCAGACUGGCUGUACACUCUACUCAGAAUCCUUGGGGCUGCGCAGUCCCGAGGGGGUGAGUUGGCGCUGUCCGCGUUCUUAGUCCUGGUGUUUCUGUGGCUGCACAGCCUGCGGAGACUCUUCGAGUGCCUCUACGUCAGUGUCUUUUCCAACGCCGUGAUUCACAUCGUGCAGUACUGCUUUGGACUCGUCUACUAUGUCCUCGUCGGCCUAACCGUGCUGAGCCAGGUGCCGAUGGACGGCAGGAAUGUCUAUGUGGUAGGGAAAAAUCUCUUGAUGCAAACUCGGUGGUUCCAUAUCCUCGGUAUGAUGAUGUUCAUCUGGUCAUCGGUCCAUCAGUAUAAGUGCCAUGUCAUUCUCGGCAAUCUCAGGAAAAAUAAAGCCGGAGUGAUCAUUCACUGUAACCACCGAAUCCCCUUCGGAGACUGGUUUGAGCAUGUUUCUUCCCCUAACUACUUAGCAGAGCUGAUGAUCUACAUCUCCAUGGCCGUCACCUUGGGAUUCCACAACAUAACUUGGUGGCUCGUGGUCACAUACGUCUUCUUCAACCAGGCCCUGGCUGCUUUCCUCAGCCACAAGUUUUACAGAAGCAAAUUUGCCUCCUACCCGAAGCAUAGGAAAGCUUUCCUGCCAUUCCUGUUUUGA